AUGACUUUCUCGGCUCUCCGCACCUCUGUCCCUUCGCCAACUCGCUUUGUGCGCUCGACCAUGUCUCAGUCUCUGCGACAACCGGCCCAAUGUCGCCAGGUCUCCUUCUCUUCGUAUCUGGUCACGCCCAAGGAACUCAAUGAAGCUCUUCGGAAGAACCCAGCCACUAGGAUCUCGACGUCACCGCGCGUUGUCCCUCUCUGCGCCGCCUGGUUCAUGCCUAACGACCCCGAAGGUCGCAAGGGAAUUGACGCUUUCCAGAAGAGUCGCAUUCCCCAGGCGCGCUACUUCGACCUGGAUGGGGUCAAGGAUACCGAGUCGCCGUAUCCGCACAUGCUCCCCACUUGUGAGACCUUUGCCGAAGCGAUGAGCAACUUGGGUAUCCGUCGCGACGACAACGUCGUGGUCUAUGAUACUGAGGAAUUGGGGCUUUUCAGUGCGCCUCGUGUGGGCUGGACGCUCCGAGUAUUUGGUCAUCCUAAUGUGCAUGUGCUUAAUAACUACCGCCUGUGGGUUCAUGAGGGAUACCCGACGGAGACUGGAGAGCCUGCGCCAGUGGAGAAGACCAAGUACCCCGUUCCCAACUAUGACGCGAAACUCGUUGUGCCAUACUCUGAGUUGAAGGAGAUCGCCAAGGAACAUCGGAAAGAGGGCUCCAGAGAGGCGGAGAUCUUGGAUGCACGGCCCUACGGUCGCUGGGCGGGGAUUGACCCCGAGCCCCGGCCUGAACUGUCAUCUGGACAUAUCCCCGGAUCGAAGAGCUUGCCCUUUCCGGAGUUGCUUGAUCCCGAGACCAAGACCUUGCGACCCGCAGAUGAGCUUCGCAAGGUGUUUGAAGAACGCGAGAUCGAUGCGUCCAAAACAAUUAUCAGUUCUUGUGGCUCCGGCGUGACUGCUGCCAUCAUCGAGACGGCUUUGCAUGUGUUAGAGUACGGGGAACCAAACCUCCGGAGGGUGUACGAUGGCAGCUGGACAAUGCCUGAUGUCCCUUGCGCGCAUUUCUUUUUCCGCGUUGCUUUGAUAUCCAAGGGCGGAUCUGUUUCGUUACAUAGAAGCAUUUGGCAUUUAGAUAUCCAUGUUUUCGACGACAGUACAGAUGUGCAUAGAACGAAGAAUGUCUACUCGUUUCAAUUGAUUGAAUUGAGUAGUCAACGUAACUUCUCUCUCUUUGAUCAAUGCCCGUCGACUGCCCCCACAUCUUCCAGAUCUCUCGACCUCCGCCUCCAAACCUCCUUCGUUAGUUCCAGCAUCCCACUGCCUAGUGUUGCCUGCGCUUGCAGUCGCAGCCUUCGGAUUGAGCAGCCUGGUGUAGGGGCUGCCUUAUAUCUCUACUUUAUUCUUACCUGGUCGUUUAUUUCAUCCUGCGACUAUCCACACCAACACAAAAUUCUCCUUUUGCCGUCCGUUAUGCCGACCGUCAUGCCGACCGUCAUGCCGACCGGACGCAAGGUCUUCCACUGUGCUGUGGACGAAACCGCCUUGACUACCAAUAUCAGUGAAAUCAAGAAAUGGACUACGAACGGUUCCAUCACCCUGGUGGUUCCUCUGUAUACCCUCGAACGUCUCCAUGCGCUGAAACGAGCCGGAAAUCAAGUUGCCAUCAACGCCCGCGAGGCUGUGCGCUUUCUCGACCGUGUCACCUCAGGAAAAGAUAACAUUUCCGCUGAACGGGUUGUUUUGCAGGGUCCGAUGGAGCAGUAUGAACGAUGGGAGCAUGCGGAGAAGUUUUUCCUGCCGGAAUUCGAAGAAGAGCCAGAGGCGAUCGAUCACGGAGUGAAUGGCGAUGGUCAGGUUUCGCCAGAGAAACGAGCGCCAGGCAGCGUCAAGGACAAGAGAAAUGGCGCUUCCGGGUCUGAUGAUCUGUCCCAGAUGCUUCUCAGCAAGUUAAACUUCAAGAAGGAUUCCGACGCCAUUUCGACCACUUCCGCCGGUACGCAUAGUGGCCCUGCGUCUCGAACGUCCUCGCGCAGCUCCCGAACCAGCCCGGAAUGCGCCAACUCCCACGGUGAUGUGAACGGAGAAGGAUCGAAGCCAAACAGAGCGGCUCGUGCAAAUGGACACCAGCGCACUGCUUCGGGAACGGCUAUUCCGACAGUUCCUCUUGUUCUUCGACCGCUGCUCAGCGCCGUUCUUUGGCGACUGCACGAUGGCCCUGAUGCAUCUAAUGUAGCGAAGAGCUGCAUCCUUAUCUCGAACGACCUUGUGGUACAAUCCUGGGCUCAGAAGUUCGGCAUCGGGGUGAAGAACAUCCAUCAGCUGCGGACAUCGAUCCAAUACGAGGAACGAGAGUACAAGAACCGAUGCAAAUACGUCGAGAAGACCCAAGGUACUGGUCCUACUGCUGCUGCUGCUCCUGCCGAACCCAAGUCGCUUCUAUCCUACGACGACGAAAGUGAAGAAGAUGAAUUGGUCUUUGUUCCUCGCGGUCGUGGAAAGGGAACUGCCACAAAGAGCGGAGGCUCACGUAGCAGCAACCGCAAACCGGCCCCCUCGAAGAAUGUUGCACCACCUCUGGAGGAGACGAUGGAAGUCCCAACAGCCCCCAUUGACCCCAAUUCGUUCAGUCGGUCCAUUGGCGGAGCCGUCAAGCAGCCACAGCAAACCGUCGAUCUGAGCACUCAGGCUGGGGCCGCCCAAGGUCUAGCAGGGGCCUCUCGCGGCGGUCGCCGGGGCGGCCCUCGCAGUGGUCGUGGAAACGGUCGUGGUCGUGGCAAGCUCUGGGUUCCUUGA